GGGGCCGACAGCCCGGGGCCCCCCACGACCGCCGCCCCCCGAGCCCCCGAGCCUCUUCCCGAGUGCCGGCCGAACGCCUCCGUGGCCAACCUCACCGGCUUUGCUGAGCUGCCCAACCACAUCAAGGACUUCCUGCGCUACCGCCACUGCAGGGCCUUUCCGCUGCUGCUCGACCUGCCCGGGAAAUGUGGCCCCCCCGAGGCCUCCCACCAGGUCUUCCUGCUGCUGGCCGUCAAGUCCUCCCCAGACAACUACGAGCGCCGUGAGAUCAUCCGCAAGACCUGGGGCCAGGAGCGCACCUUUGCUGGCAUCCACAUCCGCCGCGUCUUCCUCUCUGGCGUGGCAGCCAACGCCCGGGAGGCGCGCAAGCUCAACCAGCUGCUGCGCCUGGAGCAUGCCGAGCACGGCGACGUCCUGCAGUGGCGCUUCGUGGACAGCUUCUUCAACCUCACCCUCAAGCAGGUGCUCUUCCACGCCUGGCUGGAGAGCCGCUGCCCGGGUGUCCGCUUCGUCUUCAACGGGGACGACGACGUCUUCGCCAACACCGACAACCUGGCACAGUACCUGCUGGGGGUGCCCGGCGCGGGGGACCAGCACCUUUUCGUGGGCCACCUCAUUACCAACGUGGGCCCCAUCCGGGAGAAGUGGAGCAAGUACUAUGUGCCGGAGCAGGUCACCGCCUCCAACGCCUACCCGCCCUACUGCGGGGGAGGUGGGCUGCUGAUGUCCGGCUACACCUGCCACGCCAUCUACCAGCAGUCGCUCGGCAUCCAGCUCUUCCCCAUCGACGACGUCUACCUGGGCAUGUGCCUGGAGAAGGCGGGGCUGGCGCCUGCCUCCCACAUGGGCAUCCGGAUGGUGGGCGUGAGGGUGCCAUCCUCCAAGCUGGAGUCCUUUGACCCCUGCUACUACAAGGAGCUGCUCCUGGUACACCGGUUUGUGCCCUACGAGAUGCUGGUGAUGUGGGAGGCCAUCCGCCAGCCGGAUUUGGUCUGCGGGAAGAACGUGGUGGUAGACCAGAGUUUGUGAGGCAUCGUAAGGAAGGGGAGCCCUGCCCGCUGGGGGAGGGGGCCGCCUCGCUCUGGAAGGGCCCCAAACCCUCUUGCUGCAGGGCAGUGGUGGGAUUCAAAUAACUGGACAACCGGUUCUCUGCCCUCACAAUUUCUUCCA